AUGGACCCAAAGAACCCCCCCUUCCAAACGGCACUGCUCGCCGGCGCCAUGGCUGGCACAACCGUCGACCUCUCCCUCUUCCCCCUCGACACUCUCAAGACACGCCUCCAGUCCUCCGCCGGUUUCUUCCCCUCGGGCGGUUUCAGCGGCAUAUACCGCGGCAUCGGCUCUGCGCUCGUCGGCUCCGCGCCCGGCGCGGCCUUCUUCUUCUGCACAUACGAGAGCGUCAAGUCGCUGUACGGCAAGGACACGGCCGUCGGACACAUGCUGGCGGGGAGCUGCGGUGAGGUCGCCGCGUGCGCCGUGCGCGUGCCGACAGAGGUGGUCAAGCAGAGGGCGCAGGCGGGACUGCACGGGGGCCGGAGCGGGGAUGCCUUCCGGGCGAUUCUGAGUCUGCGGCAGUCCGAGGGCUUUGUGAGGAUGUGGCGGGAGCUCUACCGCGGAUGGGGCAUCACUGUCUUUCGCGAGGUUCCGUUCACCGUCAUUCAGUUUCCGAUAUGGGAGGCGCUCAAGGCGUGGGGACGGAGGAGGCGGGGCGACACCAAGGGGGACGUGCCUGCGCUUGAGAGUGCCGUGUUUGGAAGCCUGGCGGGUGCGGUCGCGGCCGGCUUGACGACGCCGCUCGACGUGCUCAAGACGAGGGUCAUGCUGUCCGAGAAGAGAGUGUCGGUCGGGAGCACAUUUCGUGAUAUCGCGAGAAAGGAGGGCAUCAGGCCAUUCUUCGCGGGACUGGCGCCUAGGACGAUGUGGAUAUCAAUAGGGGGGUUCAUCUUCCUGGGGAGUUAUCAGUGGGUGGUCAACACCAUGAGCGCAACGUUAUGA